AUGAACUUUAGUACCCUUGCCGAUGACUUAAAUGCAACAGCAGAUAUCUGCGAUGACAUCAUUACAACAAAUCAAAAAGACCAACUCGAUGCUUUAAAAAAGACAAUUCAGACACUCAAAAAUAUAAUCGAGCAAAAAGAUAAAUUAAUUUCAACUCUCAAAGGAAAUAUAGACAUUAUUGAGCAAAAUACAAAUAAUUUCAUGUCAGAGCUACUCGAAAAUUCGAAAGAUGAAGAAAGAAACGAAUUAUUAAACAAUUUACUUGAAGAGCCAGAUUAUAAUGUUAAGUAUUCUUCAUUAUAUCAGCUUCUUAAUAUUGAUUACGCAUGCUCUAAAAAAGAUAAAGAUGUGAUUUCAAGACUUCGUUCACAAUUAUUUGGUCAUGCUCUUCUUCUUGUUCGUAUUAGCACUCAUUCUGAAUACCGUAAUCUCUUAUUGAUGGAUGAUUAUCAAGAAAAUGAAGAAAUUACUGCCCAAACAAAAGAUAUUUUAUUUGAGAUGGCUCAGAGAACUGAGAGUCUUGUAUCAAAAGUUUCUGAUGAAGAAGUGGAGGCUCUUCCAUAUGGAUCAAUUGCAAAUGUUCUUGGUUGCGAAAUUAACUUGGAAGAAAGAGCUGAAGUCAUGAAAGAACUUUUGGCUACAGAUACACUGGAUCCAAAUGAGUUAAAAGAUAUGCUUUUGCAAGAGACUGUAAUUACAUCUAUAUUAACAAAUUACUCAAAUAAAAUUAUUGAAACAAUGGAAGAACUCGAAGAAGCCAAGAAAGAUCAACUUAUUGGAUUCAAGAAUAGAGAUACAGAAGUUAAAGAUAUACUAGAACCAGUUUAUCUCAAACUUUGUAAAGCAUUUGGCCAAAACAACAUGGAAUUUUCUUUUGACUCGUUUAUUGAUAAGAGUGAGCAACUUGCAGAUAAUCUCAUUUUAGCUCGGGAACGAACAGGUAUAGAUAAUGGUCUUUUCACAGAUUACGUAGAUUUAACUGACCGUGCAAUCUAUAAAUUAAGCAAAAAAUUGAAAGAAACACAAACGAUACUUAAGAGACAAACUAGUAACUUGUCUAAAUGCGGAAAUGAAGGAGUUUGGCAAAAAUGGGCUCGAAGCCUGUAUGCAGGAUUGAUGGGUUUUGAGAAUAAUCCGGCGAAUGAUAUCGAUCUUCGAGUGGCAAUAGAAGAAGCAUGCUUGACAUCUGUCGGAAAUAGGAAAUUAGCAGAAAGAUUACAAUCUCUCAGAACUCAAAAGCAAAUUAUUAAGAAUCUUCCUGAAAUUUCUAAAAGGCCCAUGUCUUUCAAAACAUUGUUAUGUACAACAAUGUUUGCAAAAAGAAUAUCUAAGAUAUCGGGUCAUUCAAAGGCAUAUUAA